AUGCCAAGCUUUCUGCCUUCAGGUGAACCCACCCUGGAUGGUGACUGCCUAUCUCUCAAAAAUAUUGAACUGGUUGAUAUUUUUAGUCGGAAGCACGCAUCUUUGCAGCCUCAUCCAUCUCACAAGUAUCCAAACGAAACACUUAUUCAUCAUGGUUACUUAGGCUGCUCUCCAUUAUUUCCCACUGUCGCCAUCUCCAUCCGCACACUCGCAGUAUAUUGGCAGGUUCACCGAACUUGUCCCCGAUUCAGCAUUCAGGCGCAAUGCAAGGCAUUAUGUCAUCUCCAUAAUUUUUCAGAUGCUUACGACAUUUAUCUCAAAAUCUUGCAUCGCGUCGAUGUCCUUAUCAACCAAGCACUUAACCGCGACUCACCCAACUUGGCAGUUGAUAAGUUUAAGGAUGAAGUGCGAGGACAAACUCACUCGACUGCGGAUACUGAAAACUGGCAAGACAUCGAGAAAACUGAAACAGUGCCAUCAUCAUUUACUUGUGUUGACCGGUGGCGAAAUGCUGGUCCAGAACAACGUAAAAGGAUGUUUUCAGUGUUUGAUGAGUCGGGGAUAUUUAUUGCUGCAUGUCGACACUGGUUUAUCCUUCUCGCCUGCGAUAUGGUUAAGAGUGGUGAACUUGCGAAAUAUCCAUUGGCGGUUGUUGAUCAACUGCUAAUGGUUUAUGGUAAAAAUGGAGGUUGUGCAUUUGCUAAGACGCUAGGGAACAGUGUUUUUAUACGGAAUCAUUAUCGGGAGGCCCUGGCAGAUAUCUGA